AUGGCGCUUGGAACAAACCGCAGCAAGGACACAGAGUCUCUUCAAGAUGAAGAAUCCUCUGAGAGCUCUGGCGGCGUGGUGGAUUUCCAGGACGAGGAAGCUACGAGUAUGAUAGACGGCAGCAGCCACCAUAAGAGCAACAGUUCUUCGUCAGGAGCAACUUUGGCUGGACUUAGCCAAGACAGCGUCAUCAUGGGCGACAAUCCCAUGGUCACCUAUCUCCGUUGGGUGUUGGUUACCGUGCUCGUCUUUUCCACGGUCGCCGUCGCCCUCGCAAUUCGCUUUUACACCAAUUCAGAACAGAAUGAUCUCCACAACGCCUUCCGUUCCGAUGCUCGCAAGGUGUUGGACAGUAUCGGCCAGAACUUUGACUUGACCAUGGGCGCCGCGGAUGCGUUCAUGUUUCGUGUGGUCUCUCAAGCCCGCUCCAGUGGAUCCGUCUGGCCCUUGGUCACCAUUCCCGAUCUCGCCGUUCAGACCGCCAAGCUCAUGACUCAGACCAACAGUAUCUACAUGGCUUUCUACCCACUCAUUACCAAGGAAAAGCGCCAAGAGUGGGAAAACUUUACCAAGCACAACGAUGGAUGGGUCGACGAAGCCUUAACGAUGAGAUGCCAAGGACCCUUUUUGCCCUCGUGGAUGGGAUCUCCUGUCAUUCCCACAUGGCCUCCCUACAACUGGAACGGACUGUCAGGCUUGGCAUUUGCCAAGAGCAUGUUCUACACCAUGGAAACCAAGUCCGUCGUUGUCACGCCCGUCGCUAACAAUGCUGAUCCAAACGAUCCCGUCGCCGCGGCGCAGGCCAAAGUCACUUCCGAUUGGGCCAUUCCCUACCUCGACCCGGACGAAGACACCAACGAACCCUUCUCGGACAUGUACUAUCCCGUCCUACCGAGCAUUGACAGUGUACUCAUCGAUCCAAACAGCAACGAAAAGGCCAUUGGAGCUGUCGCAUUCUCCUUUUACUGGCGCCAUGCCAUCAAGAACAUUCUACCUCCAAACUCACUCGGGCUUAUUCUCGUCUUUCACAACGACUGUGGCAAUCAGACAUUCACCUAUCAGGUCGAUGGAUCCACUCCCACAUUUCUAGGAUUUGCCGACUUUCACGAACAAAAGUACAACGACCUCGUCAUUUCCUCCACACUCAAGGAUCUCACCAACCGAGAUGGAACCUACACUGGAUUGCCCAUGAGUACUGACUAUUGUCCCUUUACGCUGUCCGUGUACCCAUCCACCGAAAUGGAAGAGCACUACGUACAGAACGAUCCCAUCUACUAUGCACUCGGAGCCGCAUUUGUCUUUAUCUUUACGUCCGCACUCUUUUUAUUCUACGAUCUCAAGGUCACGCGUCGUCAGCGACGCAUCCAACAGCGAGCACUCGCUUCGGGGGCCAUUGUAUCCUCCAUCUUCCCCGAUAGCAUCAAGGAAAAACUCAUUGGCAGCAAGGAAGAGAGCUUGGCAUUCCAUGCCACCAGCAAGAAAAGGGGAAACCUCAAACACUUUCUCCGUGGAGGUGGCACUACUACCGGUGGUACUGGAGUUGGAGGAGGAGGAGCCAACCCGGACGUUCACAUUCGGGACAAGCCCAUUGCCGAGUUGUUCUUGGAAACCACCGUCAUGUUCGCCGAUGUUGUGGGCUUCACUGCUUGGUCCAGUGUUCGAGAGCCUGCCCAAGUCUUCACGCUACUCGAAACAUUGUAUCAAUCUUUUGAUUCCGUGGCUCGCAAAAGACGUGUCUUCAAGGUGGAAACAGUGGGAGAUUGCUACGUGGCCGUGGUCGGACUACCCGAUCCCCGAAGAGAUCAUGCCAGCGCCAUGUGCCGCUUUGGUCAAGACAUCAUCUCGCGCAUGUUUGUCGUCACCAAGCAUCUCGAAUUGAGCCUUGGGCCGGACACGGCGGAUCUUGGUCUACGCAUUGGCAUUCAUUCUGGUCCAGUUACGGCUGGAGUACUACGAGGAGAUCGUGCACGCUUCCAAUUGUUCGGAGACACAAUGAAUACCACGAGUCGCCUCGAGUCUACCGGAGAACGCAACCGCAUCCAGUGCUCCAAGGAGACGGCAGCUUUGCUCAUGGAGGACGGAAAGGGCGGUUGGUUGGAACCAAGACGGGAGUACGUCAACAUGAAAGGCAAGGGGAGCCUUGAGACCUUCUUUGUGAAUGUAUCCGUUGGAAAAGCAAACACAGCAUCUUCGGUUGGAUCGUUUGCCGCGGCACUUACCAACGAUUUCACUUCCGGUGUCUCCCGUGGCAAGGCGAUUCCGGGGCUUGAUGAACGCACGUACCGCCAGAUCGAUUGGAACGUGGAAACACUUUUGCGUCUCAUCAAGCAAGUUGUCGCACGCAGGGGGCCCGUCGUGAACCCCUCCGAGUCUUUGAUGAAAAUGAACAUCAGCAUUGACGGCCUCCCGCUGAACGAAGUCCGUGAAAUCAUUCAGUUGCCCGAGUUCGACUCCAACAAGAGCACUCGACACAUGAAAAAGCCUUCAGACGUUGUGAUUCCAAUCGAAGUAGAGCACCAGUUGCACCAUUUGGUGAGCUGCAUUGCCAGCAAGUACAACAGCAAUCCUUUCCACAACUUUGACCAUGCCAGCCAUGUUGUGAUGGCAGUGACAAAGCUUUUGUCUCGGAUUACGGCGCCCUCGCAUCUCGAAGACCUGGAUGAAUGUCAUGACAAGCGCAGAAAGAAAGUUGCAGCUUCUCGUCUUCACGACCACACAUAUGGUAUCACAAGCGACCCGCUCACCCAGGUGGCUUGUGCCUUUGCGGCUCUGAUUCACGAUGUCGAUCACGUUGGAGUCUCCAAUGCUCAACUGGUCAAGGAGGAGGUUCCGAUUGCCACCAAGUACAAGGGACGCAGUGUGGCCGAACAGAACUCUGUGGACCUUGCUUGGAAUCUGUUGAUGAGUCCAGAGUACAACUCCCUUCGCAGCUUCUUGUUCCACAACGAGGGAGAGUUGAUCCGAUUCCGUCAGCUCGUCAUCAACAGCGUCAUGGCGACCGAUAUCGUGGACAAGGAAUUGAAGCAGCUCCGCAAUGCUCGCUGGGAGAAGGCCUUCAAGACCAAUGAUUCUGGCGACAACUCGGAUGACAACCCCAGGGACGAAGUCAACCGCAAGGCCACUAUCGUUAUUGAACACAUUAUCCAGGCCAGUGACAUCAGUCACACCAUGCAGCAUUGGCAUGUCUACCGCAAGUGGAACCAGAACCUCUUUGAAGAACUUUACGUUGCCUAUCUGAAUGGAAGAAUGGAGAAGGACCCUGCAACUUUUUGGUACAAGGGCGAGUUUGGAUUCUUUGAUUUCUAUAUCAUCCCUUUGACACGAAAGCUCAAGGAGUGUGGCGUCUUCGGUGUCUCUUCUGAUGAGUACCUCAACUAUGCUCUGAAGAACAGAGAGGAAUGGGAAACUCACGGGGAAGAAGUAGUGGCACAAAUGAUUGUUGAAUGCCGCAAGAAGUAUGGCACCAAGGCUGAUCCGGAGACUACCACUGAAAUGAGCGUCCCAACCAACAACGUUGAAUGCUAA